CUACACAGCCGUUGCGCACUACUAGGCUUUCCCUUCGGCCAACACGAGAAUUUCCAUUCAGAGCCCUCGGUGUCGGGCCGAUCUACACGGCGGCCCAGAGAUCGAAUGCCUGCCUUUGUCGCAGACAGCGAUGCUGCAACGAAGGAUCCAAGAGCCGAGACGGCACCUGUACUUUUGAACGAGAAGUUUGUGGUGCACUCUUACAACGGCGGAUCCCAGCAGAGCCGAAGCCAGUACGAUGUGAAGCAUGUGCUGAUUCCGACCCUGGACCCUUUUCACUGCUCCGACAGGGGCUGCAAGUUCAACCUCAUCCUGAAGUGUGCAGAGGACUUCACUCUGACACACUUCUAUAUCAGUGGGCCGGGUCCAAGAUGCACCGAGCCGAUCAGGAGCGGACUGGUUUGGGUAUGCAGCGAGUUGCCAGAGGACCUGGAGAUCACCAGCGCCUACGACGAUCUUAGCUGUGAAGAGCUGCAGGCUCUGCCGCAGGAGAAGGCCGAUGCGAUGGGCCUGCCCAUGCGCUUCCAAACCGACUCGGAGUCCAGGGAAGCCGAGCUGGAGUUGCCUCAGUGGCAGGAGGGCCGAUUCCUGGUGAUUCGGUUUCUGGAUACACACUACGCGGAGGAGCAGGUGAACGUGGAUGUGGGCAUGAUCGCCUUGGUGGGCCAUUUGGGCCGCUGCAGCCGCUACCAGGUGCCCUUGGGGCCUUGGAUGCGGCGGCGAGUGCAGCAGGCUUGGGUUCACACGCGGCCGCUGCAGCGCAGCUUCUCCGCCGGGGGGUGGGUCUGUGACGGCCGAGACUUCACUGGCGGCUGUCGCGGGAACUUCACCGACUUCCAUCAGACCAACAUGUACCACUCGCGGUUCCACUGCCCCGUGACGGGCUUCGACCUCUGCGACGCCUGCGCCCAGGACACCUCCCUGGGCAAAGUGACGGAGGAGUCCAUCAAGGCCGACAUUGAAACCCUUCAGAACCCUACAUCGUGCAAGCUGGUGGGCAAUCGCCUUCGGAACCUGUGGAGGAGGAAUUGGUUACAGGCGCUCCCAAGAUACUUCCGGCACGGCCUCCUGUGGAGCCUGAUGACCGGCUUGCAGAGAUGUUUGGACAUCACCCACACAGGGAAAGCGCGGGCUGCUCUGGAGGAAGAGGCUGUGGGUCGUCGCAGUCGAGUGCCCCGUCCUGUGCUUCAGGCCGAUCCGCAGCAAGCUGCCGCCCUUCGCGCCCUGCUGCAGCUGGUGUCGGACCUGGCGCAGGGCAUCCUGCUGGGCAUGCGACCCGGGGAUCUGCAGGUGAAUGACUUGGCGUGGGCGCUGCAGGGCACUCCAAAUGGUCUGCCUCGCUGGGAGAGGUGUCGGGUCAUCAGCUUGCCGCCGAACUUCCCGUCGGUUGCGACGCAGGAGAUGGACGGAGGCGCCUUCUUGGUGUCCUGCAGGGACUGGAAGGGCAAGCGCUACGUCCAGGCGGAGAAUCUGUGGAAGGUCACCAAACAGUUGAACGACGACGAGGUUGUGGCUGCCACUACUGGGCUCUUCCGCGAAGUCUGCCGCGGCCCGCUCUGCGACCCCAACGAGGCGAGGCGUUUGAUUUGUCAUUUGGCAGAUCUGUCGGCCGUGAAUGCAGAUGGUCAGACUGCACUUUUGGGAGCUGCAAAGCAUGGCUGUUCUCCACAGGUCAUCACGCUCCUGCUGGAAGCUCGAGCCUGCCCGGACCAGUCUGACAGACACGGCGUGACGGCGCUGCAGCUGCUGAACACGGAGGCCCACACGCGGUGCUUGCUGCGGCACGGUGCCACGGAGCUGGAGGUGUCCUUGGCAGGCCCAGACUCGACGCUGAGCUUGCUCCAGGAGGCUUUGUCGGCAGAACUGCUUGGUCCGCUUCUUGCGCUUCGCGGAGUUGGAUGCUCGCUGGAAGGUUAUCGGCCGCCGCCUCCGGAGGCCCUUGAGGUGCUUUUGCUGCUGCUUCGGGCCUUGCCGAUGCCUGUGCUCCGGCGGACCUUCUUUGAGGAGGAGGCUGGGGCUAUGGAGUCCUUGGGCAGAUUGAUGCAGAAGACCAUCGAGGGCUAUUCAGGCAUUGCAGUGGCGCACUACUGCCUCCGGAUCGCCAGGACGCUGAAGGCGAGGGCCCGCGAGGAGCCGCGCCUCUUGGAGUUCUUGUACCGCUCCGGGGUGCAUCGCUGGGCCGCACAGGUGAUGUCCAUGGGUGACUUUCAGCAGGGCGGCUGCUUUGGUCCAGCCAUUCCCCAAGAGAAGAUGGUGCCAAAUGAGGAGGUUCUGCGGGAGGCCUCCUCCCUGUGCGAGGAGCUGUCUGGUGAGAGGGCAGAUCCCUGCAUGCAGCCGGCUCUUGCAGGAGCGGUCGCAGCACUGGAGCGAGCAUUUGACAAGGGCGGCGUGGCCAAGGCCUUGCUUGCGGUACGCGAUCUGUUUGAGGGUCGCCGAUGCACUCCGUACGAGCUGGAGUUUGCCCACCUUCCAGGCCGGCUUCUGCAGCUCUUGCAAGGCGGUGAACACUGGGCGCUGUUUCAGCAGGCCUUCCAGGAUCCCAAGGCCGCCUUGCUCGGCCUGGUCCAGGCUUUACAGUCAGUGGUCAGCAGCGCUGAAGGUUUCCAGAUCUGGCGCUACCGGAGAGAUCGCGGCCUCAAGGCGUUGACCGAAGCGGUGCAACUUCGCCUGGAGGGCCAAAAGGAGCAAGCACAGGAGAGGGAGGUGGUUUCAGUCAUGGUCGAACCACUGGUGUCGCUGAACGAGAUCCAACGGUACCUGCUCCGAGUGUCUCCGGUGAGUGAGGAGUACCUGGCUUUCUGCCACGGCAUUGUGGGGUGCACGCUCCGGGACAAGGUCUUCGGUGAGGGCAAGGUGAUCUCUUUCGAGCUGCUCUUUGCAGACUGCCCCAUGCCCGUGCAUACGAUUCACUUUGCUUCCGGCGAGAGCCAGCGACUGCUUCUUGCCCUGCGCGAUUACGAGUACUUGGCAGAUGCCACGGCGACCCCGCUGGACGUAGAGCUCAGGACAGCGUUGUCCUUGCUGCACCUGGCGGCAGGCAGCGCUGGCUAUCCACAGUUGCUGGAUGAGCUGCGCAAGAGCUUGCGAGGCCCAGAGAGCAUGAAGGACGACGGGGACAUGGAGGUGGAUGCUAGUCUGCCAGGUCUUUGUACCUCGGGCUCGGAGUCGGAGGGGGACCGCAGCAGCUCAGGUUCCGCCCCACGUGGCCCCAAGGCUGGCUUCGCGCGAGGCUGUGUGGUGCAAGCUCUCAGCCGUGCAGUGCGCACAGGGGAGAGCUGCCCGGGCGCGCUGGAGUUGGUGGAGGCGGAGCGGAACCGUUUGCUGCAAGCAUCUGCCAUCUCCGCUGGCUGCGAGACCAGUGUUGGAGUGGACCCAGCUUCCCACGUGCACUCGGUGACGUUGGCGGUGCCUGAAGAGAUCCCCCUGGAUGUCUUUUGGCCGAUGGUGCAAGAGGAUAUCGUGGGAGCCGUGCAGGAGUUCUAUGCUCGGGGACUGCCUCCACAGGUCCAGGAGGUCCUGCAGACCGGCACACCGAGAGAUGGCGUCAUCCCCGUGGCGCAACGUCUCACGCUGGAGGAGGCUGAGAUGCUGGCAGCACGCCUUGCACACUUGUCCCAGACGGCGGUGGCUGUGGACAUAGGUGCCGUGCAGGAGCUGAGGAACCUGCAGCGCCAGGGCGAGGCAGAGGACUCACGCAGCUGGCCACAGCAAUUUGCUCCCCGACCAGGACGCCAGGCACAGCCCACCGCCCCAGCGGUGGCCUCCCGCGUGCGCCUGCGUGGGGACGGCGCCGAGUGGAUCUCUGGAGUCGGGCACGGGCCACCAGAUGCACCCUGGCGAUGUGGCGUGAGACAGUCCUCGAUUGAAGCCAAUCUGGACGUCAUCGAUGACCAGGGCGUCCUUUGGGAGCAGCUUCCUCCGACUCAAGUCAAGCUUCCGGCCGUACAGAGGACCAGUGGAGGUGUGACGAGCACUCCUGUGACCGGGGUGGAGCGCCUGCAAUUCUUGGAGGCGCGGCGCCUGCCGCGAGAAGUGCCACCCGUGCCCUUCCUCCAGUCGCUGGAGCUGCCGCAACCACCGCCCCCGCCGUUGCAGCCUCUCCAGCUCCAGCCGCUGCAGCCGCUGCAGCCGCUGCAGCCGCUGCAGCCGCUGCCGCUGCCUGCGGCCGGAACUCCGGAGGUCCUGCGACCCGAGGAGGAGCCGCCAACGCCGGUCAUCCCAGUGCAGGAUCCCGAGGAGGAUCGCAUGGCCCGCCGCAGGCGCAGCAGGAGCCAAAGUGGCAGCAGGAGCAGAAGUCGCAGCCGCCGCAGCCGGAAGCCGCAGGUCCUUGAGCCGCCGGCGCCAGUGGCAAGGCCGGAAGUCGAAGACGCAGGUCAACGUCGGAAGCGUCCGGCAGAGGCUAUGGACGACAAGGCCCCCAGUGCUCCAGCGAGCCGGCCGAGCCGGGAAGAGAGCCAGGGCUCCGCAGUGCGACGAGCACCGAAGGGUAUCUUGGCGGACGUCCUUCGGGGUGACCUGCCCUCUUUCGUGCGAGCCUGCGACUCGCAGGACCCAACCACACUGCUGGGCCAUCCAGUAGCUUUGCGCCUGGGAAUGGAGGAUUUGAAGGAGGAGGCUAUGCAGGCCAAAGAUGCCGCGUGGCUGCCCCCACCAAAGUUCCAGGUCCGUUUGGCCCUGCCGCAGGAGGCCUUUGAUUCGUCCGUAGUGCCUCCUCCAGACUGGAGCGUGCUGAAGACCAUACAGUACUUAAACGAUCAACGAAGCGGCCUCAAGGACUGCUGGAAGAUGGAGGAGGCGCCCACUGGGAUCUCCCGCGCUCCGCUGGAGAACUGGCACGUGGUCUACCGGCUGGAGACAGUAGACUCGGAGUCGCCAGAGGAGCAAGGUGACUUUGCAUUGCCGCCUGCGCUGGAUGCAGACCUUUCCACCGCCUCCGCGGCAUCUGAGCGGAGCCUGUCGAUGUUGCCGCCUUUGUCUCAGCCAUCGUCACCUCGCUCCAAAUCUGGCAGCCCUCGGCGAAGAAGCCACCUGUGCACCCCGCGGCAGAGCCCUUGGCGCACGCCGCAGAGUCCCUGGAUGAGCCCGCGCCAGAGCCCGGCCGUGGGCCCGAAGCGGCGGCGCGCAGCGAGUGCGCAUGCCCUUCUUGAGGGCUCACCAAGCUUCAUUGCCAGAGAUCUUUAUCAGUCACCGGCUCUGCAGUAUAGUGUAGACACUCCAGGUGGCAUGCGGCAAGUGGUGAGGCAGUGCCUGGGCAAGGACAGCCGAGCCGACGCCGUGGCCGACGCUCUUGAGCUUUUGGCGCUCCUGCGACCCCACGUGGAGGUGGACGCUGACGUGUGGCGCAACCCAAGAUUGGACUGGAAGCUGAGCCAGCAACUCGAGGAUCCCCUGAGCGUGUCCAGCGGCGCGUUGCCGCUCUGGGCCACCACGCUGCCGCGGGCAUGCCCCUUCCUGUUCAGUUUGCGGGCCCGGAAGACGCUGCUGCGGUACACCGCCUUCGGGCCCUCGCUGGCGGUGCACUGGGCGCAGGAGAGCAAGGUGGGGCCAUACCUGCAGCGCCGGCAGUCGCUACCAACGGAGCUCGGAUCCCAGGGAGAUCCUCGGAAAAUCGAGGAGCUCUUGCAGGAGGUGUCCAACAUUGAGGAUCAUGUGGUGAGGUCUGACUUCUGGCUUGGUGCCCUACAGAGUACGCUGCUUCGCUUGCAGCGGUCAGGGCAGCCGGAGAAGUCCGGGCGUGAGAGGAUCUGUGAGGCCAACGAGCUGUCCGAAGAGCAAGCAGAAGAGAUGCUUUUGCAGCAGGCAGAGGCAGCCAUGGAGCUGACAGCAAGCUCGCACCGAAUGCUGGAGGUCCAGUUCGACAGUGAGACAGGCUUCGGAAGUGCGGUGACGCGGUCAUUUUACGCCGAGGUUGCAAGAUCUUUGCAGAGUAGGGGCGCAAAUUGUCGCGUGCCAAUGUGGGUGGAGGACGACUCUUUGGGCGGCGCGGGAGGAGGCGGACACCUGCGCUGUCGGAGCGGGCUUUGGGUGCGCCCCUUGCCUUUGGGCCCUGCUCGGGAGGAUGCCGAGCAGCGCUUCCGCUUCCUUGGGCGCCUGGUGGGGCGAGCGCUGAAGGAUGGCUUCAUCGUGCCACUGCCUCUUGGGGAGGCAUUCUUCGCGCGGGCUCUACUGGCACAACCACCGCCGCGUCCCUUUGAACGCCCUGCGCGUGGAGCGUUCGCGGCUCUCCCCAGGCCUGGGGCAGGCUGUGUCGGGGAGCUGUGCGGUGCCCUGGCGGACUUCGCGCGGGGGUUGCGGCGCGCGGAGGCCCACUUCAUUCGCCAACGGCAGGAGGCAGGCUAUGCCGUGUCCGAGGAGGAAUUGCAGAGCUGGCGGAGAUCUCAAGGCCAAGCGCCGGACUUCACCUGCCGCUACCUGUCGACGCCAGGAGCUUCGGUAGAACCUAUGUCCUUCAACGACUACAUGUGCCUCAUCGGGGUCAGCUUCCUUGAGACCGGGCUCAGCGGUGUGCCGUUGUGUCCGGAGGGAGCGGAGAAGGCAGUCACUGUCGACAACGUGUGCGAGUUCGUGGAGCUAGCUCACAGCUUCUGGCUGGACGAAGGUGUUGCUGCUCAGCUGAGCGCUUUUCGGGAAGGCCUAAACGAGGUUCUGCCUGUGGAGUGCCUCUCCGCCUUUGAUGCCACGGAGCUUCGGGACAUGAUUUGUGGUGAAGACACAGUGGAGUGGGGUGAGCGCGAAUUGCUGGAUCACUUACAUCCAUCAGGAAGCAUGACCCGGGCCAGCCCGUCCUACCAGCAUUUGGUGGCAGUGCUGCUGGACAUGGACCAGGGCAACCGCUCGCGGUUCCUGGACUUUGUGUCCUCCUGCCCACGCCUGCCACCUGGAGGCAUGGACUCUUUCCACGUGGACGUCUUUCCCGACGCCGCAGGAGGCCGCGGCUUCCCCCGGUCCAGAGCUUGCGCGAAUCAGCUGUACUUGCCCUCGUACAGAUCCAAAGAAGAAUUGCGCGAAAGACUUCAUGAGGCGAUGCAUGGUUCUGCGGGACACCACGAACAGGAGCAACGUAUCCUGGCAUCCUGACAAGGUGGUAGCAGCACCUUGAGUCGAGCGAGCUCAGACUCUCAGCCAAGUCUCACUGCCGUUUCGAUCAUUUUUUUCCAAUUCUUCAGGAUGGUGUCCCUGCAAGCAGCGGCAACUUGCCGAAGGCACUUCUUUCUCGGUUCAGAAAGGCCGAAGAUGGCUUCUCCAUAUUUGCUCCAAUCAAAUUGGAAGGCAACACUGCUUGCCGGGCUCGCUUUUACCAAGAUACACCAUCUGAAGGGCGUGUAGUAUUCACGCACGUUGCAUGACCCCAGGCAAUUUUGGGCUGACUUUCAGGUGAGCCGUUUUGAGCGGGUUGUGCUUGGCACUCAGCUCUGUACAUAGCUGGCGAGCGGCCAGGCAGCUGGCGCUCGCCACAUGCAACAUUCUUGAAGGGUGCACAAGCUCGUGUUUGACCCC